AAUCAGACUGACUUCCAUGCAAUAUGCCUUCCAAAAAGAAUGACAUGGCGUUGGAAGAGGGGUCCCCACCGAGCUACAAAGGGAAAGAUGAACACGACAAACUCCUCAUGGGCCUUACCGUAUUAAUGGUCAUCAUCUACUGCGGGUCUCUAGUCAUCCCAACCUCUGAACGAUGGGGCUGGUUGCCGACAUCUGUCGGGAACGCCUCUGGCAUUCACCCGACCGAGAUCACCCCCGCCGGCUGGGCCUUCUCCAUCUGGAUCCUCAUCUUUAUGUGGCAGAUGCUCUGGCUCAUCUACGCCCUCGUCAACCUCUGUCGACGGAACGAGCACGGUCCCGUCUACCUCAACCCACCGGUCAUCAGCGUCCAUUUCGUCGUCGGGUACACGGUCAGCCUGCUCGCCAUCAUCGCCUGGUAUUUCGUCUGGACGAAUCUGAUCAUCUGGGGGUCUCUCAUCGUGAUCGCCAUCAUCCCAGUGUCCGUGUGGUCAUGCAUUGCGUUCCUUACUCGCUGUCUCGUCCACAACAGAAAGCAUUUUACAAGCCGUGUCGACCUCUGGAUAUACCGCAUCUUGGUGCUCAACGGCCUCGCCAUCUUCGGUACCUGGACCGCGCUGGCCACGCACAUCAACAUCGCUAUGGUGUUCAUCUACGACUUCGGCCUGAGUAUCGACACGGGUUCCACCAUCGCACUGGUCAUCGUCCUGCUCCUCAUCAUCGUGUACGCCUUCAUCGAUCUCUUCCUGUGGGACCGCUAUCUCCGGUACAACGUCAUGUCCUUCCCCGUGGUCAUCUGGGCGGUGUCGGCCAUCCUCGACAAGAGACAGGAUGAUUUCGAUUUCAGCGUUGAUGCGAAUUUUAUACUUGCCGCCAUUUUGUUGUCAGUGGGUGUUGUCGCGUUUUUGCUAAAGGUAGUCCUCCUUGUCGUGCGUUCUGUACGGGAGAGCCAACGACAAGGCAUAUGAAAACAUUUUUAACAUGAUCGCAACUAUUUCCAGUAAAUCCAUUCUACAUCCCAUAGAAAUCAUGUUCAGAUUACGUAAUAUGUCAUUGCCAUGUCCGCACAUUUCAGUAGGUGACGCGCAAGUCUAUUGACAUUGUAAGUUUAAUUUCUCGAAAGUUGUUGCGAUUGCAAAGAUCGUGUUUAGUUAGGAACUGAAUAAAAUGUUUAAAAUAAGAUAUUAUAAUGCAUUUCAUGUUUCCUGAAAAAUGCGUGUAUACACGAUAUUGUAAGAUAUUCAUCCUUUUCAUUUUGGUGGUAUUAGUUAUCUUUCUAAAAUUUUAUAUGACGCUCUUUUCAAAGAGCUGAAUGACUAUAUUGGAGAAAAUACGAAGAGCGAUGUAUUUAAACUGACAUGGCAUGUAUGAUUUAAACGCCGCGCAUUAUUACAUGCGCUGAAUGAUAUUCGUUGUAAAUAUGCUGAAUACUAAGAGCGCUUAUAAUAAAUUCUCGUCAGAUCAUAUCACAUGACGUGUAACUAAAAUCUGUCUUCCACUGUUUGAUAAAUAGAAGGACAUAUUUAUAAAGUUGAAGAUAUAUUUAUACUCCUUGAAUAUCUACAGUAAAUUAAAAAUCCAGACUACUAACUCGUA